AUGGAAGCGGGCGGAUCUGGUCCUAGGCAAAGCCGUCCACUCUCUGCCAGUCAUCCUGAUCGCUUUGAGCCUCGUCAUCCUCCACCAAGAGAACCCCUCGACCGACACUACCGCGACGGCCCCGCCAUGGCGACCGCAGCCCUUAUUAGCCCAAGCUCGACCCAUUACGGCCAUCCCUCAUCCUUCUCUUCUGGCUAUCACCACCCAACUCCAGGACCUAGUAUCGCAGGCAUGAUUUCGCCGAUUGAACCUCGACGACCUUCGGACGAGUCUGAGACCCCUCAUCGACAGUCGCUUCCUUCGCUCUCCGAGGUCAUUUCGGGAGCCAAGCCCGGCCCUUAUCCGCCCUCCCAAGCGUCCAGCAUGUCAGGCUCCCAGAGCUUUCCUUCGCCCUUCGCACCUGGUCCGCCGCGGUCCUACGCCGAGUCUUCGACCGACAAGAACUCACCUAGACCUCCUCACCCCGUAUCGACGUAUGCGCCCAGGCAAGACGCCCUGCCGGCCAUGUCAGAUCCUCCAAGACCUCCACCAUUCGGUGGCCGGCCACCCGCGCCCUUGAGCAGCUUUUCUGCGACUCAGCCCAGCCCCCCUCACAAGUCGGAGCACAUGCGUGACAUCGAUCCCAGGGCCCCCGAGCCUGCCGGCCCUUACGCGCAACACCAACCGCCGCCGCCUCCGCCGAUAUACCCUCACCAAAGCCAGCUCCCGCCGGGACAGGUUCCACUGCCGGCGUACCCUGUCUCGCCUCGUCACGGCGGUCCGCCGCUGCCUUCCCCGUUUGAAGCGCAGCGUCCCGCAGCCCAUGCUGAAGAGGCCGAGUACAGCUCCGGGCGCCCUCAGUACGAUCGUACCCUCGUCACCCGUCACCUGGAUGCUUGGGGAUACCAGGACUGUCUCUCUAGAAUGGCUGGAUCCGCAAGGACGAUCUAUAACUUUGCCGAGGCGUAUGGCAGAAUCGCGGCCGAGCAGCACGGUGGCCACCCUCUGCCUGAUCGGCUUCCCACCGAGCGGGAAGUGAUGGAAAUGUUGGAUAACGUGGACUAUAUCCGAAACUCGCUGGACUCGGUUCGACAACUCAUCAAGGAGAGUGAACAGCGCGUACGGGCGGCCGGCAAGCAGAAGGGCUACGAGGACGAGGACAUGCCGAUGUACGACGGCAUGAAUAAGAACAACUACGGCAUGACGGAAGUCAAGAAACGACGAGGGAGGGCCGCACCUCCAGGGAGAUGCCACAGCUGCAACCGAGUCGAUACGCCGGAAUGGCGACGAGGACCUGACGGCGCCCGGACGCUUUGCAACGCGUGCGGUCUGCACUACGCCAAGUUGGAGCGGAAGCGUCAGCUCGAAGCCCGACAAAUCCGUCCCAAGCCCUCUGACGAGAGGAGCUAA